UAAACGGAGAAAAAGUCCCGGCGUGUGUUCUCUUAAGGGAGGGGCUUCGAGGGCAAAUUAAUAUAAUAAAGCGCAGGUACAUCUGCUCAGCAAAUCGGCAGCGUUUUCCUGUGCAGCCCCCAGCCCAAGUGCUUCAUUCCCUCCCACAGGCAAUUCCACAGAGAUCCACCGGGCGACUGAUUGGAUGAGAAGCGGACGAUAAGGGGCGAGAACAAUAGCAUCAUCCCUCCUUAAAAAGAGUGCAGCUAUGUAUUAAGAGGAAAGAAGAAAAAAACGUUACGGGGACGGGAGGUAGGCACACCCUAUCCAAAAGGUACUGCACCCGGCGUGUCUGUAGCCAAGUGCACAGCCGUGGAUCACAUUCAACAACAUCGCAUCCUUUCCAAGUGCCUUUCUUCAUCCUCCCGCCGACAUGCCCAAAGGUUUCCUUGUGAAAAGAAACAAGAAAGCAGCGCACGUCUCUUACCGGAUUCGAUGCGAUGAUGAUGAUGGACAGGAAGCGACUCUGGAAUGUCAGAUUCAACGCGAUGCGUCCCCGCCUCUGUCCGGUACCUGCAGCCCGGAGAUCGCAUCAGCAUCACCAUCCGAUGCAGCAGACACGCCGGUCCACAGCCAAGGAGCCAAACCGGUGCAGUUUGGUAAUCCGGAGGUGGUUUAUCAAGCCCUCUACAGCCCCACCCGCCCCAUCAGCAAGGACCACGAGAGGAAAUAUUUCGAGAGAAGUUUCAACCUGGGCUCGCCCAUCUCCGCCGAAUCAUUUCCGACUCCUACCUCUCUUACUAGUCUGGACCACCUCCUUUUUGCUCCGGUAGACUUGAAAAUCGGCUCCAGCAACAGUACAGCACUGACGUCGGCUGUAAGGAGUGCUGGGAAAAGGCCCUCCACCGACACCGAGCGCAAAAGUAAAAGCGGAGCCAAGAAACCCAAAGCCAUACGAAAGCUGACUUUCGAGGACGAGGUAACCACUUCACCGGUACUCGGCCUUAAAAUCAAAGAGGGCCCUGUCGACCUGAAACCGCGAGCCUUAUCGGCCGGUGGUAACAAACCCCUGGGAGAGUUCAUCUGCCAGCUCUGCAAGGAAGAAUACGCGGACCCGUUCUCUUUAGCACAGCACAAGUGCUCGCGGAUAGUGAGGGUAGAGUACAGGUGUCCCGAAUGCGACAAAGUGUUCAGCUGUCCUGCUAACUUGGCCUCACAUCGCCGCUGGCACAAACCUCGCGCACAGCCUGCACCCGGUGUGCCAACAUCACAAGCAGCCAAGAACGACACGUCCAAAAUGCCCGCUGUUUCCAGAGGCUUCGGAGAGGAAAUCAAAGACGGAAGAGGGUAUUCUAGCGAGAGGGACUCUCCGAGCCCGGCUUUGUCCGAGUCCGGCUCAGAGGACGGCCUGUAUGACUGCCAGCGCUGCGGAAAAAGGUUUAAACGCCAAGCGUACCUCCGAAAGCACGUGCUGGCCCACCACACGCUGCAAAACCAAAUGAUGGGCGACACUUUUCAAAGCGCUGAGAGGGGAGAGAGCCCGGAGAUGGUGCAGCACAACGGAGAAGGCAGCCCGAGUCCGAAUAUGAGCCCGCUGUGUUUAAGUCCCGCUGACUGCCUGUCGUGUGCUGUUUGUGGUGAGAUCGUGGCCGACAGGGCGAGCCUGGAGCGGCACGUGCGCGUUCUGCACGCUUCGCAGGUGUUUCCAUGUAAGCACUGUCCGGCUACUUUCUACAGCUCCCCGGGUCUGACCAGGCAUGUCAACAAGUGUCACCCCACAGAAAAGCGCCAAGUUAUUCUGCUUCAGAUGCCCGUGAGGCCCGCGUGCUGAAGUACAGUACAAACGUGCAGGAAGCGCUUGUACUCUUAAGCCUCACACACUGGAGGCUCACGGGCUCCAUCUCAAACUGUACAUUUAUAUAACCUAAAGUGCAACAAAACACGGAGGCGUAUUAUUUUACCUGCAUUUUGUGUUCUUGCAGUUUUAGAUGUUGUAAAGAUUGGGAAUAUCUCCUAAUCAGCUAACAAAAUUGGCAUCCCACCUAAAGUUGAAAUGACUAUUUUGAGAUUUCUCACGCCAAGUAGCCUAAAGAAGAGUAUUAGUUUGGUUGUGAAAUGGUAUUUUUCUAGGGCCGAUGCACACGUGGUAAUGUAAUAGCUUCUAGACCUAAGAUAACGUUCAAACGUUGGUGUACCUCUGUGAAAGCCUCGAAUUCACAUACUGUGCAUUUCUCUCGUCUGUAGCUUUAAUCUAGUAUGUGAAUUGCAGGAUGUGGGAAUUUUUCUCUCCAAAAGAUUCCCUUUAGAAUAGCCAGAAAUGCCUUUAGAGAAACACAUCAAAACUCUUGCUGUAUAACUGCCUUAAGAACUCAGUGUACUGAUUGUUUUCAUUUUUUUUUUAUUGUCGGCACAUAUUUACAAUGUAAUGUCAAUGUAAGACGAUUGUGAAAUGUUUAAUUGUUAUUAUUUAUUUAUUUAUUUAUAACUGUUUCAUGUAAGUUAUUGUGGUCUUGACUGAUUGAAGUUCUUUGUCUUAUUUUAUAGCCAAAUUGUUUGGUCGGGUUUGAGUUGUGUAGGCCUGUGUCUUCAGUGCUCUUACAAUCUGAUCAGCUCUUGUAAACGUGAAGCUCUUAGAGAUGCAAUCCUUUUCUAUAAACAGCUUAUUUUCGUAAAUGUUUGCUACUAGCGCUGUCCAUGUUGUGUUGUUACUAAAAUAAAAAAAAAAUAUUUUUAAAAACGAAUCUUUAUUAAUGAAUGUUUCAUUAAAUAUUGAAUCUCUAUGACUCACAAAAACAGUAGAUGGAUGUUGUAUAAAAUUGAUUUUACAUUUUUUAUUACUACCCUUUCAGAAACUUGUCAUUUAAAUUAGUUUCUCAAAAACCACUGAUGUCCAUCUAUUCAUUCAGUUUCUAUUAGGUGUUCAUAUCAACAUGGAAUCAACAAAACAUAAGACUUCAAAAUUGGCUAUGUUUUUGGCCAUGAUUUGGGAAAACAUAGCUGACUUAGUUGGUUUUAUCUAAAUUUCUACUGAUUAUGUGUAAAAUAAUUAACAGGAAUUAAUGCUGGACUUCCAGUGGCUCUUUUGUACAGUGUUAAUUGUUUUUCACUUUUUUUUCAGCAGCCUUUGGUGUUGGUGUGUCCACCUGUAGUGUGUGUGUAUGUGGUUGUAUGCGUGUUCAAGUGAGGGUGGGGUGUGAGGAGUAUUGCCUGCUGGAGAGUGGUGAGGAGACAGAUGGAGGGGGGUCAGGUUACCCCCUGCUGUGCUCUGAGCUGCAGUUAAAGAACAGGACAACCUCUAACCCCCAAAACACCCCUCAGCCCCUCCUGCAGCAGGCCAACCAGCUAGCGCAUCACACGCUGCUGAGGGCCUUUUCUCUCACACUCACACACACCUUAAAGAUACAUGCAAAAAUAACCGGGUCCAUCCUCUCAGAUCAAUAAAUCAAUAGUCACUGAUUAAUUUUUUUUUUUAAAUAAUGAAAAAAAAAUUCAGAUAGAAAAUGAAAUGGAUUAAAUAUGAAAAAGGCAUGUUUUUCCUAGCCAUUUCAACUCGCAGGGUAAAAAACUUUAAUAUAUAGGGCUUAAACUAAAGCUCUGUUUUCCAUCUGUACAUUAACAUUGACAAAUCAAAAUAAAAUAAGUUAUGGUAGCAGCAUAGCAUCCAUUAUAUAGCCAAUAAGAACACAGACAUUUUGAUAUUACUAAUGUUUGAUAUUUAAUUAAACAAUUAUUGAAUUAUAUUAGUAGGGUAAGUACUUAUUUAUACAGAAAAUGUAAAGUAUAAGUUAAUAAGCAAACAUUAAGAAAAGGCAUUGAAUAAAUACACUCAUUUUUAAAACUCAUUCUGAUUUAAUGAAAUGUUCUGAUUUCACUUUCCUCGUAAAGAUAGAAUGAUUAAUUUU